CACUCGCUGCUGCAUGAAUCUCUCAAAUCCCUCGCGCAUCUGCGAGUCGCUCUGCAUUGCACUGUGCCCGCAGCGCACCCCCCGCGACUCUCCUCGCGGAUCUUCCCCAUUGUGGCUCCUUAUGGUGGCCCUGCAUUAAUCGUGCACAGGAAGGAUAGCGAGGGACAGGCUCUUCUGGGAUGUGGUGAAAUCGCUGGGUAGAUACCAAGACCCGUGGUGGUGGUAGUGAUCUUGAGGGCAAGCGCGCUAGAGCGCCCUGCGUUGGGGUGUUCAGAAAGCGAGGAGGAGGGAAAUCGAUCCAGCAUGGCUUCUGCUCUGGAGAAAAUAUGGCUGUACCUAAUAAAUAACUUCACCGACUUCCAGCUGGCAUCAAUUGGCAGCUUCAUUAUACACGAGAGUGUAUUCUUUCUUUCUGGUCUUCCAUUCAUUGUUAUGGAGAGGUUGGGAUAUCAACGGCAGUACAAGAUACAGGGAAAGGUGAACUCUGUUGCAGCGCAAGAAAAGUGUGUUAUGAAGCUACUGCUUUACCACAUCUGUGUCAACUUGCCCCUCAUGAUUGUAUCAUAUCCCGUCUUCAAGUACAUGGGCUUCACCAGUCAGUUACCUCUACCUUCCUGGAAUAUUGUGUGCUUCCAGAUCUUGUCCUACUUCAUAUUGGAAGAUUUCAUCUUCUACUGGGGUCACCGUCUUCUGCACACUAAGUGGCUCUACAAGAAUGUUCACAGCGUCCAUCACGAGUAUGCAACUCCUUUCGGAUUGACAUCUGAGUACGCCCAUCCUGCGGAGAUUCUCUUCCUUGGAUUUGCUACAAUCUUUGGACCCGCAAUUACUGGUCCUCAUCUCCUUACUCUAUGGAUUUGGAUGAGCCUGCGUGUAAUUGAAACCGUGGAAGCCCAUUGUGGUUAUGAUUUUCCAUGGAGUCUCUCCAGAUACUUGCCGAUCUACGGGGGUGCGGACUUCCAUGAUUAUCACCACCGUCUUCUGUACACUAAGUCUGGAAAUUACUCAUCCACAUUUACCUACAUGGACUGGAUAUUCGGCACAGACAAGGGAUACAGGAAGCUGAAGGCAUUGAAGGCUGCCGAUCACGAAUACGAAUAUGUGGAGGAGAAGGUUCCCAAGACGGACUGAAAAGAAGCGUGGAUUUAAUUAGUGAAGCGUCCCUGUAACUCUUUGAAUUAGCAGUGGAGAGUGGUGAGACCCAGUUGGAUUUCCAGAGCCUUGAUUUCUGCUGCCUGUGUCUGGCCGUCUGUUGCGGUCACGGGUCGUCUGUAUAUGGGAGUGUAGAAUCAGCAGCAAUUCGUGGAGGAAAAGUUGGACCUAUUGGUUGUUGGUGUUUCAAAGGCCAUUGUAGAGUAGAAGAGUUGGGAAAAACUAGACAAGUCAUUUUUUGAAAAGCUGAAAUGCCACAGAUGGUUCCAUGCAAGAUAAACAGAGAAAAUUGUCACAUGUUUGUACCUAUAGCUAGGCUCCCUCAAAUGAACUGGGUUCACACGAGAAUAA